AGAUCCUCAUAUUACUUCAUCUCUCUUCUUCCUCCAAAAACCCUCACUAGAUCAACUCACGACAGCAUUUCAAAUUAUCCAACCAGUAACUUUCGAGCUCAUCCAUGGCAACAAACGGAGCUCCACUUAGAGACGCGGAUACAAAGACGAGCUUGGAGAAGAUCAAGAAGCAGCUGGCAUCAAGCUCCGGUAGAAAUCUGCUGCAAGGACCUCUCCUCAAGCGAUCCGAAACGCUGAGGAAGUGGAAUGAGAGAUGGGUAAUUUUAGACCCAACAACUGGAAAGAUGGAGUACAAGGUAAGGAGAAAUGAGCCAUCAGUCAAAGGAACCAUGACAUUUGAUGCAAACAGUACCAUUACAAUUUCCCCUGUGAAUUUCCAGGGGCUGCCCAAGUAUGAUGGCUGUUGCUUCUACAUUGGGACCCCACAGAGAAAAGAUUAUUUCCUUUGUGCUGAAACUCCUGCUGCUGCUAGAGCUUGGGUGUCUACUCUACAUGCGACACAACUGGUUCUGAAGGCUCAUAAAGAAGCAGUGAAUACAUUAAGUGGAAAUGGGUCCACAAAGUUAGGAACAGUUGCCACUGUUGUUGCUGCUGCUAAUUCGACAGCCCUGGAAGCAUCUAAAGAAAUUGAAGCUGCAAUGCAAAUUUCCAUGAGAAAUGCCUUAGGAUCUAUGUUGACGAAGACACCUGAUUUCCCUGUGGAUGAUUUAUCCAUCAUGAAGGAAACCCUGAGAGUGAAGGAUGAAGAGCUGCAAAAUUUGGCAAGGGACCUUCGAUCGAGGGAUUCAACGAUAAAGGAAAUAGCUGAAAAACUCUCUGAAACUGCUGAAGCAGCUGAAGCUGCAGCGUCCGCUGCUCAUACUAUGGAUGAGCAAAGGAGAAUUGCUUGUGCGGAGGUCGAGCGUUUAACAAGAGAAUCUGAGCAAGAGUUGGAGUCAUCUAAAUUAAAGAUAAGAGCUUUGGAAGAGAAAGUCCUGAAUCUUAGCACAGAAAAAGAUCAUCUGAUAAAGCAAAGGGACUCGGCUCUUCAAGAGGCGCAUUUAUGGCGUUCAGAGCUUGCUAAAGCUAGAGAACAUGCCGUGAUAUUGGAAGGAGCUGUGGUCCGAGCUGAAGAGAAGGUCCGGGUUACAGAGGCUGAUGCCGAAGCUAGAAUAAAGGAAGCUAUUGAGAAAGAGUCUGCUGCUGCUAAAGAGAAUCAAGAACUACUUGCAUAUGUGAAUUUAUUACAAGAGCAACUCAAAAGGCAGCAGCUCGAGACCAGGCGAGUGUAUGCCGAGAAAACCGAGCCUUGCUCUGGCGUGGAUGGCGAUUUAACACUAACAAAGCACGUUGACCCAUCACAGGAGAACGUGGAUAAAGCAUGCACGAGCGUCUCAAGAGCAACACCCGAGGCCACUGAGAACUUUGUUCGCCUUGCGGUCGAGCAAACAGAUCUCCACUCUAUCAGGGAAAGUGAGUGGAAUGAUAUUCAAACAACCGAGGCCCAAAUAGCCGAAGUCCGAGAGGUUGGGCCCAAUGCGGAUGGGAGGAGCCUCGACAUCCCUGUGGUGAAUUUCCCGGUCAAUGGACCCCAGGACCAUCAUGGAUCUUCGGAUCAGCCUUACGUAUAAUUCUGUAUUCGGUAUGUUACUUAUAUUAUAUAUAUACAUGUAUUCACUCACAUAGUUGCGUUUCGUGUUUUUGUUGAUAGAUGUGUUUCGAUAAAUUUAUACAUGUGAUUGAGUGGUGAAUUAUGUGAUUUAGAGACUCUGGGCGUAAUCUUUUUUCUGAUAUUUGUGGACGGGGAAUGUUCCUGAUUAACUUGGAUGCAAUAAUUACAGGUCAUUUUUUAUGUAUAUGACUGAUGUAUGUAACACUCACGUGUGUUGAGCUGGAUGAAAUUAAACUGAUUCAGAUUUGAAAACUGCG